UGUGCUCCCAGCAUUUCGAAUUGACGGAGUUUGUCAAUGUGUAUAUGGAAAACGCAAGGAGGGUUCUUAUUAAAUCUGGUAAGUAUUUCUAACUUAGGCCAUUAUCGCAAUAUUCUUUAUGUUUCGUUUUUUCUCUCAGCUUUGCCAUCCAUUCGUUGCCCUCCAACUGAGUCUGCUCGAUCCAUCAGAGCUAAAGUGAGGAACCGGAACCAAGUGGUCGAAGAACUUCUACAGAGAAAUGCAAACUUGGGGAUCAGUUGAAGUCAUCGCCCUCGAUUACAAUUUCAACUUUCCACGACGACGGAACAAUCCACGGUAAAAAACGCGUUCUGUAACAACCGAAUCACGCUGAAAAAAGCCAUUCAAUACUCAUUUUGAGAUGGCAAAUUCACUCAACAAGGAUAUAUGUUUCACCUCUAUACGAGCGUUCACUAUUUUCAGUAUUAUAGUACUUUAAUCAUGUUAUUUUGACAACUUUUCUUGUAAACUGUAUUACGCACUGCAGCCCCGAUGAUGUUAUGACGUAAUCACUGUAAUACACACAAUGUUUACGUUUUUUCGAUCACCUAUACCACGGCAAACCGAGUUCAUCCACACCUCUACAUCUAGCUCAUGGGGUGCUGGUAGGCAGGGGUGCCAGGUGGUUUUGACAAAAAUCAGGACACAGCGAUGGAAAAAAUCAGGAUUUAUCAGGACACCACUAAAUUGAUGAAAAUAACAUGCAGUUCUGCUUAGAUUGCAUAACUAAAGGCGAAAUACAGGUGCUGAAGAUGCCUCAAGUUAUGCAACUAAAGCGAUAAGAACCUUGGAUGGCCUGAAGUAAUUAUCGAAAAACACGACUUUAAUAUCAUUUGAACUAAAAAUUAUCAUCGGUUAAACUGGUUAAACUAUUUUAUUAAAGAUUUGUUUGAUUUCCUCACCAUUGACAAUAAGUUUAGUUAUAGUUAUGAUUUUUUUUUUAAACAGGACAAAUCAGGACAUUUUAAGGGUCAUUUUAAAAAAAUCAGGACAAUUCAAGCGUUUUUGAAAAAUCAGGACGGCCUCUCGAAAAUCAGGACAAAUCCUGAAAAAUCAGGACACCUGACACCCCUGCUGGUAGGUGCUGGUCAGAGUGCCUCCAGUAGGGUGGCACUCUUGAGGAAAAGUAGGCAAGGGGUACCAAAAGUUUCUCAUUGGUGAGGGGUGGAGACGGUGCGCUUUUUGACAGCGAAUUGUUCGCCUACCAUGCCUACGAUUACGAUUGCCUGUCACGCCUGUCACAAGAUGGACGAUUCCGUGCAUUGGUAUAAGAACACACCUGAAGCUUUACCCGCCUUGGUGCUGGUGUUUUUAAAAAGUAAACACGGAAAAUAAAUUGCAUAUGGGUUUCUCGAAUACGUCGUCACCCGGAUCGGAGCGCGUCUGACAAUCAGACCGAUUACUGCCAAAAGAAAGCUUGUCAGUUUAAAAACGUCAGAUUCCCGUCAGAAUUUCCGGACCGUUUCCCUGCUGGUAAAAAGCAGCGUCGACGACAAGACCUGACAGUUCAAAUCGGUCCAGAUUUGGUUUGAAUUCGGUCAGUUUUUCUUGGCCGAUUUGACGCGACGUUCCACCGUGAAAAUGAACUUGUACCACAGUGGUAAUUUAAAAAAAAAAGUUGUAUCUUAGCUAGGAAAAAAACCUGAAUAAAGUAUGUAACGAGGAUAAGUUUCGGGUUUAAACUCACCGUCCAUCUCCUUCAUCGCCCGGAUGAAAUCUUGCGGAUCCUUAAAACUGACAAAUCCAUAGCCCUUGCUUUUACUCGUCCGUUUGUCCCGGAUGACCUUAGCACGUUGGAAGGAUGGGAACUUGUUGAAGGUACGCGUCAACAGCUCAUCGUUGACGUCGUUUCCAAGAUCUCCGCAGAAAAUGCGGAAAUCAUCAUCGGGCCAAUCACUAAGCGACUGAUCCUCCCAGGUUUGUCCUCCAGCCACACGCACCGUCUGGAAUGAUUAAAAGUGUAUUAGUAACUUGUCAUAUGAUAAGCUUAAAAUAUGCUAAUAUUGUUUGGUAAAAAUAGUAGAAAGUACCUUUCGAUCUUUUUUGCCUUUCCGGUCCGAGUUACCAAACGAUUGCAGUGCUGAGGAAGCUCGAGCCGCCUUGAUGGCUUCCUCCGCUAUGGGAUUGGGACCAGAUUUUUCCGUUUUCUGUUUCUUAAUUUUAGAAGUGACUUCAAAUUGUAUGUUGGCAAUAUCGUACUGAAAAUUCAAGAGAAAUAUUAAAAAUAUAUUUUAUUAAAUUUGAGUAUUUCGAAGCCACUCACCGAUUGUACCAUGUUGGCUGACAUAGUUGGUCCAAUAGAGCUUCCGGGAGUAUUUUCAACCUUUGGUAGAGCACCAACUGUCGGACGUGCAUUGUAGAGCUUCGGGGCGCUACUCACAACAACCGGUGUCGGUUCCGUGGAGUAAGAUUUCUCCGGAGCGUGAUGUUGCUGUUGCUGGCUAUGAUGCUGCUGCCCAUGACUUCCAGAUAGAGUGCUAUAGGUUGGCAAAAAAGGAGGAACCGGAGGUGGCGGUAUUCUGGUUGGAUGCGUGGCCAGCUUUUGCUGCACUUGGUUGUAGGUUUGAGAACCGAUUACGGUGCGCACCUGCGACGGAAUGAACGGAUUUGAAGAAGAGCCGCUGGAAGGAAUCGACGCUGUCGCUUUUGAUAUUUCGGCUUCGAACCUGGAAGUUUGGUUUUAAUUAGUUUAUUUUCUCUAAUUGUUUAACGUGAUCAACUUUACCUGGACAUUUCAUCCUCCAUGUUUUUGCGUUUUGAAACCAUUUUCAAAGAUAAUUAUUGAGAAUUUUAUACAAGAAAAUAUGUUUGAAACGUUCCUUAACUCGGUGUUUUUGUUUUUAAUGAUUCACUCUCAAAAAUUUAAAAGCAACACUGUGUAAUGGUGUACCCAAUACAGUUUUUGGUGCAUGAGUUUUUUUUUCUACGUUUUGCUUUGUUUACAUUUAAAAAAAAACAGAACCUGAAGUUAAAGCCUAUGAUUCGUUUUUAAAUUAUUGUAUUUAAAAUCUUGGAUAUUUCAAAAUGGACUUAUCUAAUAUGUGUCGGAUAUGCAUGGUAACAUUUCAAACUCAACAAGAAAAACAUUUCAUCUUCAAUGAAACUGAACCCUCCAAUGCUAUAGUGGUUUGGGUUAAAAACCUUUGCCAGUUGGAUUUGCAACCAAGCGAUGAUCUACCUCAGGCUGCUUGCGGAAAAUGUUUCUCCGGUUUGAAAUCUGCAAUUGAAUUGAAGCGUUUGUGCUUAGAAUCUGAUUCAAAACUUAAAAAUAUUUGUAAAAUGCACAGAUUGGAAACAGACAGAAAUCCUUCGACUAUAGAGCAAGUUCCCGUAAUUCACUAUAAAAUUAUCUACGAAGAUGUCCUGGAAGCAUCAGUUCAGGAGUAUGAAAACACAGAUUCUAUCCUAAGGGAAGAACUGCCGCAAGAGCUUUCCGAAAGUCCAAGAAUGGAAACAGAGCACAUAAUUGAAGAAAGAGAAGAUGUUUCCGGAGAUCCUGUGAUGUGCUGCGGUUGCGGCGAGUCUUUUCCCCGCAAAGAUAAUUUACUUGCCCAUUCCAAAUUGAUACAUAAGCCUCAGCAAACCAUCAGUGAAGAACGUGCGUUCGAGUGUGAAAUAUGCUAUAAACGUUACACUUCAACACGUGGUCUCAAACUGCAUCAGAAAAACAUAUACCAGAUGAAACACUUCCAGUGUUCGGUUUGUGGUAAAAGAUUCAGCAACAAGGUUGUGCUAUUGGAUCACGAACGGAUUCACACCAAAGAGAAACCAUUUUGCUGCUCCUAUUGUGGCCGCAGUUUUGGCUCAAAAUCAAAUCUACAGUCUCAUAGAAGGCUGCAUUUCGAAAAAUCAGAUAACACCAAGCAUGUAUGCAAUUUCUGUGGCAAGGAUUUCAGUAGGAAGGGCUAUCUCAAGCAUCAUUACAGUGUAGCACAUAACGAUGAUACCCCGUUUAGCUGCAGUUUAUGUCCCGGCAAGUUCAAGGCUAAAGCGAAUUUGAAGCUGCAUCUUCGGACACACACCCAAGAACGCCCCUACUCCUGUGACUUGUGUGCCAAACGAUUCAUGUACCCAACGGAUAAAAAACGGCACAUGAUACAGCACACCGGUCAGAAGCCUUUCAAAUGCCCCGAAUGUGCCAAGGCUUUUAUGCGGAAAGGUCAGCUGCAGAAACAUCAGGCUAUUCAUGUUGUAAUGGAUGUAGUCGAUGACAGCUUUCGAACUUAAAUGAACCUUUUGUUUUAUGAAUUUUAAUGUAAUAGAUAAUUUCACAUAGCAAAUCUUUCAGAAACUUUUACUUAAAAAAUGUUUUCCCGAAAUCCAUAUUU